GUUUGUCCCCCCAGAGUGGCGCCCCCAAAUCCGGGAUUCCCUUGAAUCCCUUGACGAUUAGACCGUUCCAUCAUCAACAACCAGGCCAAUUCACCAGCAUUUCCGCCAUAGGUAUCAUAGCACCCCUCAGAGACCCGGCCGUUUAUAUUGCGGCUGCCCCGCGAAAAGCUGAGUGCCGGGAUUGGAUUCGCUGCAGCACGCCGAGCAGAGCAAGAGUCCCAGGCAAUUGCAUCCAUAAGUAAAGAGCUGAGCAAAGCAGCGCGCCACAAUUGACAAAGGCCCCCUGUUCUCUACCGUGUUGCCGUGGUGGCCGUGUGGAGCCUUUGCUGGGGUGCUGGAAAUGAGGACUCACAACAAGCACGAGGAUACUUAAGUCGACCCUGAGCUAUUGACCUGGAUAUUGGGCUUGUGCAGGAUUGUCUUCGAGUCUAUUCAUUUCCUGCCAGAGAGGAAAUCUAACUUGUUGGCGAGUCGGACCAAAUCACCCCCCCAAUUAACCCAAUUCCCCCAGUUCCCGCUCCACCAACGACCGCAAUAUCGCUCGCUGCCCGGUUGUAGCGACUCCUUUUGCAGAACCGCUCAUUUCGCCUCUCUUUUUCCUUUGAUUCUCUUUUUUCAUCAGUUGCAAUCUCCCAUUCCCCUUACCCCGUCCGAGCAAGACAAGAAACAUACAAACAAAAGCCGUGCUUUCUGCUUAUCUUACAGCAAUCAGGGGUGCUAGCCAAGGAGUCUUUUUCUCCCAUGGCCACUCGUCCCUGAUCUUUUUUUGCUUUAUUCUCCAACCCUCUUCCGCCUUCUUCAUGACCAUCUUUCUGCUCAGACUUUGCUUUCUAUCGGCGUGCUCCAACAUUCUUUUAAAUGAAAACCAACUGAAUCUUCUCAGGGCCUACAUUGCUACCAGAAGAGUUCUGCCCACUCCUUUCAAGUCCCGCUCCCGUCGCAGCAACAGCGCACCCUCCAGUCCCCCGGGAAAAGGGAAGCGCCGCAGGGCAUCUAGCCUCGCCUUCAACCCAGAGUUUCUUCAUCACGUCUCGCAGUCGUUUGCGCGUUCAAGGGCCGCGUACAGGAGGCCUCGGGCCAAGAUUGAGAACGAGAGAGGUGCCGGAGAGGCCUUGUUUGCUCCUAUGAUCAUGGAGGACCCUCCUUGUCUUGGUCCUUCCGCCACUAUAACAGAGGCAUCGAAGAUCGGCAAGCCCGAGCGACUAUCUACUGCAGCAUCCGAGGCAAUCACAACGCCUGUCGCCCGAUCUCGUGUGUCCUCUGGGUGCACAGAGGAGGAAUUGGAAAUACGUUCUGUCCGAUCGUGCCGGUCAAACUCGUCAACCGCUCACCACAGACUAUCGUUGACCCUGCCAAUUCCUAUCGCUUUGCCCACUGCCAGCCCGACACGCCCGACUCUAGCCUCAUCUGCAGCUCCCACCCCCGCCGACACACCUCUUGUGCAAUCACCGACAGAUUCGGGCGGUUUCAUCACGGCGAUCGCCGCCCAGGAACGCCGAGUGCUAGAACUCAGGGAAGAGCUUCAGCGGGCAGAGAAAGAUCUACAGAGGCUCAAGCGCCAAUUUGAACACCAUGAGGCUCACAAGAAGCGACAAGAAGCCAGAGCCUCGCGUCCACUGCGCAUAGUAACGCCAACGAGCCUGAACAACGCUUUGCUGAUGGAGAAGGAAGACGCCAGCGCGCGGCGAAACGCAGAAGUAGAGAGGCGCAAGGCUCUGCUUGCUGGGCAGCAAAGUGCUCCAGGAACACCAGGAACGCCAGGAACUCCCGGCCAGUCGCGUAGGAGAGUCUUCCCAGGUGGCCACACGCGACAGUUGUCACUGCUGUCGCCAACAAAAUCAGACAAUGGUGGAGAUUUCCGCCUGCAUGAGGAUCCUCUGGUGGAUGAUCUCAAGACCUCGUCCAAGGAGCUUGAUGAGCAAUUUGCCAACAUUGUACGGUAUGCGCCUAUAACGCCAGCCCAGCUGUCAAAACGCGCCUCGUGGGCUCCUCGUACUGUCCACCAGCAGGCUGCAAGUGGUGUUAAACAAAUAGCCGAGGACUUCCGAACGGGACUUUGGACGUUCGUCGAAGACUUGCGACAGGCAACCGUGGGUGAUGAACCGAUUCAUGGCGGUGCACAGCUGAGACGUGGUUUUGAGGGCAAUGGCAGACACAAGCGUCAGUCAUCCAACCUCGGAACAUCUACUUCAAUCUCCGAUGAGCACUUUGACCAGGAAACCAUACGUGCAUCGGCACAUUCGACGAGGACUCAUGUAGCUAGGGCUUUUGAGGAUGUCGGAACACCUAGCCCUGCUUCAAGGUUUACCAAUCCUUUGGAGGACGAGGCUUCCAGUGGUAACCGUCACCAGCGUACUCUAUCCAAGAACGACAAGCAUGCCAAGCGUUUUUCAUGGACUCCGUUAUCAAUGGACUCGCUGGAUGAUGCCGACUGGCUUAACUGGGAAAGCCCCAGUAUUACGGCGAACAAGUCCCCUCGGUGGAGUGGUAGCACGGUUACCGGCGACACUAUUCCAGAGAAGCUUGAUGAGAACGAGCCUUUGAAGCAAUCCGAGCCCCGCAAGCUGGAGGAGCUGCCAUGGCCUGCUCUCAACCGUCUGACACCAAGCAAGCUCAAGGAACAAGCCGCGGGCUACUUGAAGGAGCUGGAGCGGAGCCUCACUCCCCCAGGGGCUGCUGUUUCCACUCGCGUCGAUGAGCAGACUCUCAUCAGCAUGUGAGCUGGUCUUGCAAUUUUUUGCAACUUUGCAGCUGAAGAAAAAAAAACGAUUGACGGUUGAGUUCGUGACGAUAUUAAUGCAUUUUUUUUGCGAAGUUAACCAAGCGCCUUGUCCGAUAUUCGACCAACAAUGUACAUCACUCACGACUCAUAUGAUUAUACGGGAUGAGACCAACAGACACGACAAUGCGGGAUUGCCAUCUUCAAGACAGCCAAAUCCUAUCUUGAAGGACAGAGCUGAAGGACGGUUAUGACCUUGGACACAUGACACAUAAGUUCUGGUAAUUUUGGGUUUUGGGUGAAGCGGUCUACACAACCCAACAGAAACGAGAUCUGGGACUCAUUUUGGGUGUCUUUUGAAUAUACAAUGUCCAAGUCUGGACUGUGGAUAAGGAUGAUUAGAAGUAUCAUCAGUGGCGGUACAAAAUAUACUAGAUAGAGUAGCCUAAUGGAUAAUGAUUAUGACCAGUAACAUCGCUCAGUCAGA